UCUGGAACUCUCAGACGCGGCGCGGGGCGGGGAUUGGCUUCUUCCUCGGCUCAUAGCAGUUCGCGGCUGCAGUUCGUGGGACACCUGCUAGUUCCUCCGGCGCGGGGGCUUCUUGCCGCGCUCUCUCCAGCCUCCCGGUCCGCAGGGCUGGGUAAAGGGCUGGACCGUCCGGUCUCCGAUCCCUUUACAGGACUCCGCGUCGCGCCGCUGAGCCGUCGCAGGGCGAGAUGAGCGCGGACGCAGCGGCCGGGGCGCCCCUGCCCCGGCUCUGCUGCCUGGAGAAGGGUCCGAACGGCUAUGGCUUCCACCUGCACGGGGAGAAGGGCAAGGUGGGCCAGUUCAUCCGGCUGGUGGAACCCGGCUCGCCAGCCGAGAGGUCGGGGCUGCUGGCCGGAGACCGGCUCGUGGAGGUGAACGGCGAGAACGUAGAGAAGGAGACCCACCAGCAGGUGGUGAGCCGCAUCCGCGCGGCGCUCAACGCCGUGCGUCUGCUGGUGGUCGACCCCGAGACGGACGAGCGGCUGCAGAAGCUGGGCGUCCAGGUCCGGGAGGAGCUGCUGCGCACCCAGGAAGGGCCCUCGCAGGCCGAGCCGCCGGCCGCCGCCGAGGCGCAGGGGGCUGGCGACGAAAAUGAGCCACAGGCCGCCGCGCCGGAACCGGGGGAGGCGGAGAAGAGCCAUCCGGAGCUGCGUGAGCUUCGGCCUCGGCUCUGCACCAUGAAGAGGGGCGCCAACGGCUAUGGCUUCAACCUGCACAGCGACAAGUCCAAGCCAGGCCAGUUCAUCCGGUCAGUGGACGCAGACUCGCCCGCCGAAGCCUCAGGGCUCCAGGCCCAGGAUCGCAUCGUAGAGGUGAACGGGGUCUGCAUGGAGGGCAAGCAGCACGGGGACGUGGUAUCUGCCAUCAAGGCUGGUGGGGACGAGACCAAGCUGCUGGUGGUGGACAGAGAGACCGAUGAGUUCUUCAAGAAGUGCAAAGUGAUCCCAUCUCAGGAGCAUCUGAAUGGUCCCUUGCCUGAGCCCUUCACCAAUGGGGAGAUCCAGAAGGAGGCGGCCUCCGAGAACCCCAGACCGAUGCUGGCAAGGUCCACCUCCAGUGACACCAGUGAAGAGCUGAAUUCUCAAGACAGCCCCAAGGAACAGGACCCCACGGCACCCUCAUCUACCUCUUCCUCCUCCGACCCCAUCCCGGACUUCACCAUCUCCCUGGCCGCGGCCAAAGAGAGGGCCCACCAGAAGCGCGGCAACAAGCGGGCCCCGCAGAUGGACUGGAGCAAGAAAAACGAACUCUUCAGCAACCUCUGAGCGCGUCCCCCGGCCACCCGGGAAAGCUGGAGGGCUGGGCCCACACCCCAACUCAGCCCCCUUCCCCUCCCCGCCCCCCACUCACCCACGAAUGACUUACAAAUCAGCACCAGCAUCUCCCCUCUUGGCCAAUCUGAUUUUUCUAGAGAACUACAUGAAUGUUUGCCUUUCCUACUCCAAUCAAAGAGCAGACUGUCCCCCUCCUCGCAGAGGGCUUCAGCCCACCAGGUGUCUGCUCGCCACCCCUCCCGGGACAUCACUGGGAGCUACACCAUGCAAGGACCAUGGGACUGGGAGAGGGGUCACGGCCUCAAGUGAUGACUGGGCCCAGGGUUGGAGGACUUGGAUUACAGCAGUAAGCACCUCAUCCUGAGAGGGCUGGGUUGGGCAUCUUAUUUUCGUUCACUUUUUUUUUUUUUUAAAGAGUCCAGUAUUGCAGAGUUCAGAGGGAUUUUUGUUUCCUGAUUAACAUGAUUUUCCAGGUUGUUGCAUCUAGGACAUAGCAGCGGCCUCAGCCUUAAAUUUUUUGUUUCUACUCCCACCCCAGAAACCUGGGCAGGUGGGGGGAGGGCUUGGCCACACCCUGCUCAGCCCUGAGCCAGGCACCACCACUGUAACUGUACAAACUCCAUCGGAAAUUCAACUGGUUUCUCCAAA